AUGACCCUUUACCUAGACCGUAUGAGGGAGAUGGCAAACGAGUUCGAACAAUUUUCUAUUGGGAAACGACCACAGAUGGAAAACAGGAACGCAGAUGCCUUAGCAUAUCUUUCUUUAGCAAUCGAAACUGAUACCACCCGAUUCGUUAUAGUGGAUUUCCAAGAGUUACCUAGCAUCUCCGAUAGCCAUUUUUUUCUGACUCUCGAACACGCUAGUGGGGGCGAGAGGGUAGCUACAUCAGCACAGGGAGAUACUGAGAACAUCGACAACAAUAUGGAUGUUGACAGCCCAGUGAUAGAUGAUUCAGGCAAUCAUGCUGAAAACGUUGCAGACAGGCGUCAGCCUUACAUCCAGUAUUUGACAACCGACGAACUCCCAGAAGAUGAGCAUCUCGCUUCAAAGGUGAAAAAGAAUUCUUGGAGAUAUUCGAUGAUCGAGGGGCAUCUAUACCGCAAACCUGUGGCUUUAGAGCCAUUUUUACGAUGCAUAUCAGCAGAAGAAGGGCCGACGGAGGAUCAUGAAGGAAUAUGUGGCAGCCAUUCUGGAGGACGCAGUCUCGCGCACAAGAUACUUACCCAGGGGUAUUUCUGGCCAUAUUGGAAGAAAGAUGCUAAAGAAUACGCGCAGAAAUGUGUGCCAUGCCAAGAGCAUGCUCCGAUUCCUAAAAGGCCCGCCAACGAAUUGCAUCCAGUUUUCAGUCCCUGGUCAUUCUCUAUGUGGGGACUGGACAUCGUCGGACCACUUCCCAAAGCUCCUGGAGGCGUUAAAUUCAUACUAGAUGCUACAGAUUAUUUCACCAAAUGGGUCGAAGCAGUGGCACUGGUACACGUUACCAGACAUGAUGUGAAAAGACAAUGGGAAGCAGUUCGAUUCUGGGGUGAUCAAAGAUUUUUACAAGAACCUGAAUAUUCGCCACAACUUCUGAUCUCCUUACUAUGCUCAGAGCAACGGGCAGGCGGAAGCGACCAAUCACGUUAUCAUGGACAAUCUCAAGAAAAGGAUGGAGAAAGCGAAGGGGAAGUGGACAUAAGAAUUCCCUGGAGUCCUAUGGUCCUAUCGGACGACCCCAAAAAGAUCCACUGGAGUUUCACCAUUUACACUGGCUUAUGGGACAGAGGAGGUCAUACCCACAGAGGUACAUCUCAAGACUACCAAAACUCGCGCUGUCAAAUCUGGAAAAAAAUUGACAGCAUAGUGGCUUUGGAUAAAGAGUUGCUGGAAGAACAAAGAGAAACAUCCUUGCAGCAGUUAGUUCGAUACCAGCAGGCAAUCAAGAUGAUCUAUGAUCCUAAGGUCAUAGAACGGUCAUUUAAACUAGGGGAAUAUGUCUUGAAGAAAACUCGAGCAGCCACAAUGGAACCUAACUGUGGGAAGCUCGGAACAACUGGGAAGGUCCUUACAUAG